AUGGAGAUGGAGGUUUCGUAUUCUUCCACUCUUAUCAUGUGCUGGGCGGCCCUACUGGCUGUGAUGUCCUGGGUUGCCAGCCGCCCCCUGCAGGGACUGACUAUUCUAGUUCUCUCAACCAUCGCACUGACUUCGCCCCAUGGAGAGAGCCGGAUGCUUCUUCCCAUGCUAUUCUUGGCAGAAAGUUUGCUAGACGACGUCGUCUCACCAGGCCGUUUACCAAUCCAUUUCUACGCGUCAACGCUUCUUUCCUAUCUCACACUUGUCGUUUCGCGCAGUGCAAGGCUGAAAAAAGUUGAUAGAAACACCUACCCGGGAGCCUUUCUUUACAUUGUCGUUGGUGUUGUGGUGAUGUAUUUCAAUUGUGCGGAUUGUGUUUUUUCCUUCGGUGCAGCCGCGUUUGUGUUAUUCGGGCUUUUAUUUUUUCUCGCCCUUCUUCCUGUUUUGGGAGAGAAUGAAGCUGUCCUGGUCGGUUCCUUGGUGGGGUUUCACAUUUACGACAUGGUAACAAACAAAUGCGCAGACAGAGAUGAGGCGCUGCUCCAGGCGUCUGGGGUUGUUGCAAGCAAGACGCAUAUUGUUGGAAGAGGAGCUGUUAUGUCUGCAAUUACGAUGGUUGCUGUAUUAUAUCUCGGCUCUAGAUGUUGUAUGGUUCCCCGUGUCAACAUUUCUAAGUCAUCCGAACGAGUUAUUAGCGUAAGCCGGAUCACACUUCUUUUUUGGUCCUCGCUGGUCUGUGUGGUUGCCGUGAUGUAUGCGGUGGUAAGCUCACAGCUUGGGGAGAAUGUAUUGAGGUGGGUUGUAGAAUAUCUUAUUUUGAAUCGGUACCGUCUAUGGAUACUCAUUAUGUGGGGGAUCACCAUUCCAUUGUCAGUUAUCGUUGUGGAUAAAUUUGCCGUUGACUUGCGCAAGACAGCAAGGCGCAAAAUGUUUCAUUUUAUCGCCGUUUUUGUCUUUACUCCGGUGGCUCUUGUUGAUCCAUAUUUUUUGUCCCUUUCCCUCUCCUUGGCUGUCACCAUCGGUAUGAUUGUGGAACUCUCGCGGUUUUACGGCGUCUACGGGUCUUCUGCCAUCAAUGAGUUUAUGUUGAGGCAUAUCGAUGACCGUGAGUCCAUUAAGGGUGCAAUACGCACGCACAUUUAUCUCAUUUAUGGACUGGGUUUCUCAAUGAUGCUGCGUUACCGCCAUGAGCAGCCAGAGUCAGUGGCGGAGCUUUCACGUUGGAUGGAGCUCUCUAUUAAUAUCAUUCCGGGUAUCGUGGCCCUGGGCAUCGUGGAUGCGUGCGCCGGCAUUGUGGGUAGCACCUUCCUCCUCUCAUAUCGCCGUGCUUUGGGACGGUACCUAAGUAAUUGCUUUUUUACCGAGAAAGCAAAUACCUCGAUAACACAUAAGACGACCACAGGGACCGUUGGUGGGCUAGUCUGUGGGGUCUUGUUUUGGUUCCUGGUUUUACUGUUUGGGGGAACCAUGAAAGAUGUAGCUGCAGGACAGAGUUUUAUUCUUAUUCUUAUUUGCAGUCUCACCGAAUGCUUCAUUGAGGGUAUCGAUAAUCUACAGCUCCCGUUAGUGGUGGAUGGGGCUGCCCACACGUUAUUUGCGUUGUGGUUUUAUGGCAAAAAUGGUUGA